GAGCUUUGAAAUUAUUUGCAAUUUUGUGUGCUGAAAUGAAGAAAUUAAACUUAUCGGAUAUGUUAUAUUAGAAUGGUGUUUCAAUUUGAUAUUCUAUUCAUCGAUAUACUUAGCAUUGAUAGAAGUUUUUGUUGUAAUGAAAUAAUUCUACUCAAUCAAGAUGACCUGGGACGUCACGUUAGACUUCGAGUAUGUAGUAACAAAGAAAGCCCAGCCGCGAAUAUGUUUCGGCACAGGACUGAGCCGGGAGGUGCUCCCGACGAAAGGACCCGCUAUGAGUCCGUUUAUGAGGCGUCUUGCGGGAGAAACGCGCCCAAACCUGGGGCCUGGAAGCUAUGAUUGUGACCGCGAUGCGUUUUAUGACCUUACGCAUAGGAUAUACAGCAAAUAUGGUCUAGGAGCAAAGGAAUCGCGAUGGAAAAUGCGGCAUGAGCACCAACCUCCGGCUCGACCACCGCCUAAAAAGAAACCACUUCGUCAAAACUGUGCACCCUUCAAUCAGACUGGCAAGAGAAAACCAUUGUUUGUGGCUAGUGAUUAUCCAGCAGCGUGUGAUUAUUGUCCAGAAUAUAAGAAGAGGCAAAUGAAAUUCGCUUACAGUUUCCAAGGCAAAAAGGUUUUACGAUGCGCUGUUGAGAUAAAAUGCGUCCCUUACAAUCUGGACGCUUGCGGCUAUUGCGGGUGCUCCUGUUCUGCACAGGGCGACUACUGGCAGUUUGAGAACAGAAUCUUCCUCUGCCGGAAUCACUACACGGAGCUAUUCACGCACUGUUUAGCUAAGUUCCAAGGGGCGAAAUUGGCGGAGUUUAAGUCUGUUCGUGACUGUUUCUUCGCGCACGCUCAUAACAGCUGCAAGGCCGCCCUCAAGAUAAUGAAAAUCGAAGAAAUUGAGAAAAAACUUCGCAAAGAAGCAUACCUCGAUUUGUAUUUUCCUCAAAGACGCUUUUGCAAUAAUUGA